UUUGCCCACGAAAUUUUGCCAAAUUUUGCCAAUAUUUCUGCACCAAGUACUGUAGUUUAGGGUUGACUUGUAGGGAGUUUUCUUUUCUAGUGUAGUUAUGUUAGAGUAGAUUAACAGUUUAUAUUUUACCCCUGUGUACAUGACAUGUCCUCACCCUUCUGUCUGUUUCUGAACAGAAUAUCUCUCUUCGUGGGCAGGGGGGCCCUAACCAGCACCAGCAGACCCACUCAAGAAUGGCCAACCACAACAACAGCAUAGUGAUCCAGCAGGCACUGCCCUCGCCCCAGUCCAGUUCUGUCAUCACUCAAGCCCCUUCCACCAACAGACAGAUUGGGCCAGUGCCUGGUUCCCUUUCCUCGUUGUUGCACCUGAGGAACAGACAGCGACAGCCACUGCCGGCCUCCAUGCCUGGCACGUUGCCUGACCCGACUAUGCAAGGAUCGUCUGCUGUUCUGAUGCCUAUGGAGAGGCAAAUGUCUAUGGGCUCUAACAUGAUGGGCAUGCAAGGCCCCACCCACAGCAGCUCAUGCUCCUCCCCUCAUGUUCCAUCCAUGCACUCAGAGGCAAAGCUGAGACUGAAAGCUGCCCUUGCCCACCAUCCAGGGGGCAUGGUGAACGGCAGCAUGAACUCCAUGGGUCAUAUGAUGGAGAUGAUGCAAUCGCGGCAGGAUCAGACCGGUCACCACCACCUGCACUCUCACCCCCACCAGCACAUGCAGGGCCCACCCCACGGAUACCCACACCAUGCCCACCACCACCCCAGCCAUGCACAGAGCGCCCAUCACCACCCACAAAGCCACGGGCACCACAACUCCCACCCGCCCCACCUGCACCCUGCACACGGACAUCAGACCUCUCCACACCAACCAAUGCACUCUGCUGCUUCACAGUUAUCUCCAGCUGCACAGCAAAUGCAGCCGACGCAGACCCUUCAGUCCCCGCCGCCCAGCGGAGGGCGCCGCAGACGGGUCAUGGACGAGGACCCCGACGAGCGCAGGAGGAAGUUCCUGGAGAGGAACCGCGCGGCCGCCACACGCUGCAGACAGAAGAGGAAAGUGUGGGUGAUGUCGCUAGAAAAGAAAGCGGAGGAGCUCACCCAAACCAACAUGCAGUUGCAGAACGAGGUCACCAUGCUAAAGAACGAGGUGACACAACUGAAACAGCUUUUAUUGACACACAAGGACUGUCCCAUCACCUCCAUGCGGAAAGAGUCUCAAGGUUACCUCAGUCCAGAGAGCAGUCCGGCAGGAAGUCCUACCCCUGUAACCCAACAGCAAGUCAUCCAGCACAACACCAUCACCACCUCCAGCACAGCACCCAAUCACCGCACAGAUAUUAACCCCAUCCACUAGAGACUCCAGCCCCUGACGCCCUUUACCACGCUGGACAUCCCGACUGCAAAUCCUGGACAGACACACACCUCUGUGCCUAAGUGGCAGCUUAUUCAUCUGUUUGCAAUUUGUAAAUGUAAACUGAUUACCAUUUUGUUUAGUUCUGUGUGUUAUAUGUUUCCAUUUGUGUCUGCUUAAAAAAGGGAGUUUCAUAAAUCAUUGGGCACCAUCUCGCUUGUCAAAGACAUCACUAAUGGAAACGCAACUGUUACAUCUGUUCCUGGAUUUCUGCUGGACCACUGCCUUUACAAAUUGCAAAAUUCAGAUAGCUGGAUAGCUUUUUCUAUGAAUUUUCCAUGGCCAAAAAGAUGCUGUCCUUUCCUUUCUGUUUAUUGUUAUAACAAUUACUCUCACAGUCCCCUUUUUAUCAAAUUCAAAAGGAUAAAUUAGGAAGGUCAGUCUCCAUUGGGAGUUCCUAAUGAAAGUAACCUGAAGCAAUAUGAAUCUCUGACAUGCUCAGCAAUCUGAUUGUCUUCACUUGCUCGCUCGGACCAGAAUCUAGAUCAGAUUAAGUUCAAACUAUUAGCUCCUGUCAUUUCAGAUAUAAUUUCAAAAGUUAUUUUCUUAAAACAAAACAGCUUUGGGCUCCUAAGCUGGUACAGAUCAUGUAAAUGGAAUGCAUUUAUCAGGCUCACACAGGCUGCUGUGAGCAUAUGCCCUGCUGAACAUGUGUGAGAUUUCAGAGUAUUCCCAGAGUGGCGAGUUCACAGCUGCAAUCGUGUUGCACCAGGAAGACAUCUCACUUGGCGUUUCUGUCCAAACAUUUCAGAAGAUACCAUCAGCUGUUUCAUUUUAAGCUGGUGUAAUUUCUGGUCAGAUUUACCCCUGGACCUCAUCAGUUUGCAUAUUACUUCUUCUGGCAGUUCAUUUCGGUAUCUGUUUUAGAUCAGCAAGUGGACUAAGUAUUACACACAUACUUCAAUACAUUUUUAUGUAUGUUUUGUGCUCAUAUGUGGGCCUUCCAACUAAUGCACUCCAACUAAUCUUGCACCAAAAAUAAUGCCAUGGAAAACUUUUGGCAGCUUUUGCCUUACCGGAGGCUAUGGAAAACAUAAAUGCUACUUAAAAUUAGCUUUCGUUUUGGCUCAAAGUAUUGUUUAGAUCUUCCUCGGGCAUUCUGACUGUGAGGUAAAUUUAAUUUAAUAGGCUUAAAUGUAAAAGGAUAUAUUUUGAUACAUAGUCCUGGUUUGUUUGGUGCCUAGGAAAUCAUAUGAGGCUUCCUUCUUGACAUGGACCAUGGUAAAUUCUGCACUUGACUAUAGUCUUUAUGAAACCGUCAAGCCCCAACAAAGGUGCUGUUGGUUUUGAGAUGUUAGUAUACAGUCAGCAGCUUACUGUAAGGGGCAGUUCACGAAGAAUGCAUUUUCACAUUUAUAAAACGCAAGAUGAAAAUGGCAAAAGGCAGGUUCUCAAGAUGCGUUUUUAAUUUAAACUUCUUACAACUUGACAAGGGCUCGAGAUGCAAAAGGCGUUAAAAAGCAGCAACACACAGUGCAAUGCCAUUUUAAUGGCUGUCUCAAUCACUAAAUCCUUCCAAUACACUGGAAUGUUCGCUCCCUAAAAAAUCUCACAAUGCACCACAAAAACCAGGGCGCAUUUAUGGUUACUAUGUUCCCUUACUGGAAUACACAUGCCAUUUUCUGAACCGCGUUAACUCAGAACAUAGCAUUACACAAUAGAAGGUUUGAUGGUGGCAUUUUACAACUCAGAAACAGUGUCCCAAUGUGUAAUGAACCAGGGUUCUUACCUGUGGACACGAUAUACUGAUUCACGAUCUAGGGAGCUGAUUGAGAUGCACUCGAAUAAAAGUCGUGCAAUGGAACGCGAAAACGCAUUCUGUGUGAAUUGCCCUAAUAAUAACAUUCCAAUGUGACCUUUGUAAGGGAUGUGUGGGCAAGAUCCCAUAUACCUCAUGAGUGUAUGAUCAUGGACUGAUGAGCUAUAAGAUGGCCGCUGUCACUUUAAGACAUUGAGUCCUAAAUACCUUAAAGACCAUGACACACCAAACCAACAUUAAAGAACUAACGGUGAUGAAAGCUUCGCCUGUGUCUGGGCUAAAAAGUUGCCGCAAAGGCUACAACCAAAGGCCGACUAGUACAUACAUUCUGCAUAUGCAUGAAAAGAAAAAACUUUCCAUACCAGCAGGUGGCAGUAGUCGACAACAGUAUUCAUCAUUCAAAAAGGGAAACCAAAACGUAGGACUACAGAAAUACAAACCAUAAACAAAACAGUGCUUUCUUACAACUUUGUUCAUUCCAGACGUUUUUCGUUGCCAUAUCAUUAUGAAAAUAUUUGCAUACUGGAAUGCUCAGGUUGGACGAUGUAAAAUUAGAACAGCCAUCUGUGUGCGGCCUCUUGACUUGAGGUAUUUGCUUGUUUUCGUAACUUUUGUUUUUCUUCUUGCGCGCUGGUUCUUUCUCACCGACUGCCUGAGACUGAUUCAACUUGCUCAAUCGGCCAAAAAGCCACCAAUGACGUUAAUGACGGCCUGGCGUUAGCAGACAGCCAACUGUUGGCUUGGUGUGUCACGGACCUAAGUUGCAUUUUCCUUGUCUAAUUGCAAAUAAUGACGCAAUUUGGUCCACUUUUGUUUUCCUCCGCUGCGAAAAUGUAGCAUUUUACUAUUUCUACACAGUUACUGAUCUAGACCGAUCUAGAUACUGCUUUCCAAAUGUCACUAUGUGCCUGAAUAUGUCUUAAAUACUCACAGAGGGAAGAAUGUCAGUCCUUAGUAAUACCUUGAUUGCAUUUAUCAAGGUCUUGACAUUGUUUAGCUUUUUUUGUAAAGACUAAUUACUAGUGUUUUAUUGUGGACACUGUUUUGUUCCGGACUCGUUUUGGUGUUAAUGGACUUUUCUACCUUCUUGAACCAAGGAGGCCUGGGAUGAGAAUACAGGCAAGCUGGAAAUGUCUUGGCAUCACGAGGAGAGAAAAGGGCCUUUUUUUCCAGCAGCUAAGCUCAGAACUCUGUUUCAUGUUUUUCACAGUUUGUAGAGGAUUUUUCGUCCCUCCUAAAUGGAACAUAUUGAUUCCCUUCGCCUUGCCUCGUAGCACUGUGUUUGGAACAAGAGCGUGCAAAACGACCUCCACAUUGAGAGGUGGAAAUCUUGUAGCUGUCUAUGCACUUUGACCUCUGUGAGCAGCAGAGGAUGGAAUAGCCAUAUAGAAGACUCAGCGAUUCCCAGUUCCCACACCAGCGAGAGCCAGCCACUGUCAAUCUAUGGAGCAACGCAACUUGUACGGACCAAUGGGAUUGGAGCCUAGAAAGGGUCACCCCAAGAAGGACACAAUUCGAACCCUGAAGGCUUGGUUUUGGAGGUGCUCCUGUAGCUUUAAGACUUAAAACUGUCCCUUAGAUAAAACCUGUUUGUCACUGUGAAAUGGGUGACAUCGAGGUGAACUGGAAACAUGAUUGUGCUUUUAUUGUUGAUUUUGUUGGACCUGAUGGUGGUUUGGUUGUUUCCCAGCAUAGUUCACAUAGGAUAGUUCACCCAAAAAGGAACAUUGUCAUCAUUUACUCAUUUCAUUGCAUACUUGUAUCUUUCUUAACUUUUUU